AAAUGUAAUCUACGUACAUUAUUUUUGGUUUAGGUUUCAAAAAGAUUAUGAGGAUUUCUUUGUUUAUUUUCACGAGUCAUUUGUUCCAAACGUAUUAACUUCAAGAAAACAUUUCUUUGCACGAAGAAAAUCAACAAGAAACCUUCACAAUUCCUCUAAUCUUUCAACGACGUUCAUUUCUCUUCUUCUUCUUCUUCUUCUUCUGGAUCUCUCGGAUGUUCGAUUUGGGUGUUCGAAACAAUGGCUUGUUGUUCAUCGGAUUGGUGGCAAGCUCCUGUCUACUUCUCAGUAUCAGUAGCUUUAGCUCUCAUGGCUGUCUCCACAACCUUACGUUCACAUUCCGGCCGUGACACAGCCGAACCGAACAAACCCAUCGGCCAUCCUCUCUCGUUGGAUGCCUUGAGCGUUCUUCACCAUUCCAACUUCAAGGCCGUGGCCGCUCUCCUCCAUAUCUCGCCCGAAAUCUUCCUCUCUUCCCCAAAUUCUACCGUCUUUGCCAUCCAAGACUCUGCUUUGUUCAACACUUCUCUUCCUCCAUGGGCCCUGAAGCAGCUCUUCCGGUACCACACUCUCCCUGUCAGGCUCUCGCUUUCCGAUCUUCUUGAGAAGCCUCAAGGUAUCUGUCUUCCCACCCUUCUUCCCGCGAAGCCUGUCUUGAUAUCAAGGAUCGAUACGGAAGCGAGAAUUGUGGAGGUGAAUCGCGUUCUUGUCUCGCAGCCCGACAUCUUUCUUGGAGAGUCGUUGGUUAUACAUGGUGUUCUUGGGCCAUUCUUUCCUCUCGGUACUCAGAAUUUUAGCCUGGGUUUGGAUCGGAUCCAAUUACCCGUGUGCCGUUCCCGGUCAAUCUCGAGUUCUGAUAUCAACAGACCCAUGAAGGAAAGCGAGAUAGAAUGGGUUCGGAUCAUUCACCUGCUAAGCUCGAGAGGCUUUGUGCCAUUUGCUAUAGGCUUGCACUCUGUUCUUGAUUGGAUUCUUCGAGACCACAAGAAUCUGACCGCUAUAACUGUUCUUGCCCCACCAAACUUGGCCUCGUUGUCUUCUGCUUCUCCAUUGCUAUACAACAUUGUGAGGAAUCAUAUCAUAGGUCACCGGCUUAUGAGUAAAGACCUCACUUCCAUGCCCGAUAAAGUGUCAGUCAAGACACUGGCUCCUAACCGAGAAAUCGAAAUCGCCAAAACAUAUGUGAAUUCCUCUCAAGUAGUGAUGGUUUCCGGAGUUCAAAUUGUCGCUCCAGAUAUGUUCUCUUCCGCAACCUUUGUAAUUCACGGGAUUUCUGAUACUCUUGUUUUACCUCUGCAUAAUGCAUCGGUUUAACCAAAGAAAGCUGCAACUUUGUAAAGCCUUGUGCUUCUUCUUUU